AUGGAAUUAGGACAUAUUCUAACUUAUUAGGCAAAGAUGUUAUAAUAUAUAGUUUAGAUUAUAUAAAUAGAAUUAUUCUUCUAAGCCACAAGUUAAUUAAAUAAUAAUAUUUUAACAGUAAAUUAUAUAUACUUUAUAUAAAUUCAGUUGAUUGGCCCCAACAGUAUAAUUUUAUAAUAUCUAUAUUUUCUGCUAAAAUCUUAAGUGCAAAAGCUAUAUUUAGAAAUUGGUUUGAAUGGAGAUAUAAAAAAGAAGACCUUCAUUCAAGGCUUCCUUUAUCUCUAAGUUUUCACUAAGAUCACAAUCAAAAAUUUUUUAGUUAUCAAAUCAAGCAAAUUAAGCUCUGUUGAUAUCUCACAACUGGAUAGAGUUAGUUUGAAUCUAGAGGAUUUCAUAAUUUAGGAUUCAGAUAUUUUUAGAUUUUAAAUAUUAAUCUAAGAUCCUAAAAAUAUCAAUAUUUAGAAUUUUUAAAUUAUUAAUUCGAAAAUAUUUGAUACUAAAAGGAUCAUUGCCUAUUCAUUCACAAAAAAAUUACUGAUAGAUUUAAGUUCUAGACAAAUAAUAUCACUCUUUGAAAUUCUUCAUUUUUUAACACGUAAGUUAUCCUUCAAAAUUUGUAACAUAAUUGUAACAAUUAACUUCAUGAAAUAAUUUAGAUCAAAUCUUUUCAAAAUGCGUUUAUUUUGAAAAGAUUUGAUCUAAGUUAUUUUCAAAGUGAGAAUCUAGCUUCAUAAUUAAAGGAUUUUCUGUUCAUCUAGAUACUUUUACAUAAUCUAGCUACGCAAUUUUAUAUGGGGCUCUUAAUGUACUACUUCUAGACUUUAAUUUUGAAAAUAUUGUUAUUUAUGAAGGAAACAAAUAUUUUAAUUGCCACUAUUUGUUAUUAAAAAUUUCUACUUCAGUGGCAAUAGUCUUUAAGGCUAUGA